GCAGCCAGUUGUAUCCCAUCGCGAGAGUUGCUAAUUGCGUUUGCGGACUUCUCGCGGUAGUUAUCGUUUGCGGGGGCCUUUGGAGUAAGGCGUGCUACAUGGCGAUUACUGACACUGCGGGAGGAGACACCGUGAAGAUGGAGAAUGGACAGGGGACGGGCUCGAAGCUCGGGCUCCCGCCGCUCACACCGGAGCAGCAAGAAGCGCUCCAGAGGGCAAAGAAAUAUGCGAUGGAACAGAGCAUUAAAAGCGUCCUGGUGAAGCAGACAAUAGCGCAUCAACAGCAACAGCUCACAAACUUGCAGGAUGGAGUCUACGGCCAACUAAUGAUGGCAGCCGUGACAAUGGGCUUUGGAGAUCCUCUCUCACCUUUACAAUCGGUGGCAGCCCAGCGUCAGCGUGCGCUAGCCAUCAUGUGCCGCGUCUACGUGGGCUCCAUAUACUACGAGCUGGGCGAAGACACCAUCCGACAGGCUUUUGCCCCCUUUGGACCCAUCAAGAGCAUCGACAUGUCAUGGGACUCGGUCACCAUGAAGCACAAGGGCUUUGCCUUUGUGGAGUACGAUGUGCCUGAAGCUGCCCAGCUGGCUCUGGAGCAGAUGAACUCAGUCAUGCUGGGGGGACGUAACAUUAAGGUGGGGCGGCCAAGUAACAUCGGUCAGGCGCAACCCAUCAUUGACCAGCUGGCAGAGGAGGCGCGUGCCUUCAACCGCAUCUACGUUGCGUCGGUCCACCCCGACCUCUCGGACGAGGACAUCAAGAGUGUGUUUGAGGCCUUCGGACGCAUCAAGUCGUGCACGUUGGCCCGUGACCCCACCACGGGACGCCACCGGAGCUUUGGCUUCAUCGAGUACGAGAAGCCUCAGUCCUCCCUGGACGCCGUGUCCUCCAUGAACCUGUUCGACCUCGGGGGUCAGUACCUGCGGGUGGGCAAGGCCGUGACCCCGCCCAUGCCGCUGCUGACCCCCACCACCCCCGGUGGGCUCCCGCCGGCUGCAGCGGUGGCCGCGGCGGCCGCCACCGCCAAGAUAACGGCCCAGGCAAGUAUGAAUCCCUUCCAAAGGGAUUUAAUGGCCUUCCAGGAGGCUGUAGCCGGGGCGUCAGUCCUGGGGGCGCUCGCCGCGCCCCAGCUUCUCGGCCAGCAGAUGGGGAUCCCCGUCAUGGCUGCCCAGGCGCCGGGGGUCAUCACAGGUGUGACUCCGGUGCGACCGCCCAUGCCAGUGCUGCCCCAGGUGGGCCUGGUGAACCCGGUGCUGGCCUCGCCCCCCGUGCUGUCCAACCAGGUGAUGGCUGGGGGCCCCGGCCAGCAGCAGCAGGAGAAGAAGGAGGAGAAGGAGGAGAUGCUGCAGGAAGGAACGGGCCAGGAGAUGCUGAGCGACCAGGAGCACAUGAGCAUCUCGGGCAGCAGUGCCCGACACAUGGUGAUGCAGAAGCUGCUCCGCAAGUCGGAGUCCACAGUUAUGGUCCUGCGCAACAUGGUGGGGCCGGAGGACAUCGACGACGACCUCGAGGGAGAGGUGACCGAGGAGUGCGGCAAGUUCGGAGCGGUCAACCGGGUCAUCAUAUACCAGGAGAAGCAGGGCGAGGAGGAGGACGCGGACAUCAUCGUGAAGAUCUUCGUGGAGUUCUCCAUGGCGUCGGAGAUGAACAAGGCCAUCCAAGCCCUGAACGACCGCUGGUUCGGCGGUCGCAAGGUGGUGGCCGAGGUGUAUGACCAGGAUCGUUUCAACAGCAGUGACCUCUCUGCAUAGACUGUCCCACCCGUUUGUACCACGCCCAAUCCUCCCGGUUCAUGACCAGUAAAGUGUAAUUAUCUUCUGUUCCUUUUUUUUUUUAUUGAUGUUCAUGUUAUAGACGUCUCCUCACAGGGGUUGAUUUUGGGAAAGGGAUCGAUCUUUGCUUUGUGAAUUGUGAAGAAUUAUUUUGUAUCUUUUUUUUUUUUAAACACCUGCCGAUGUUAGCCCCUUCAUCGUUCCCCACUGCUAAAACUGUCAAGACAUGUCGACUUUUUAUGAAUAAAGCUUAUUUGUCCAAAAACACUGUACAAUAAUACAUUUCUUAAAAAGAUGGUUGAGUGAUUUUAAGGGUGAAUGAUGACCUGUAUCUCUAAAACACGGAGUUAUGAUUGUGAAAUAGGUGAAGUACUGGUAUUUGAUAUUUGACAUCUUGUGCUCAAUAAAAGCCUUUAGCCUCAA